CGAGCGCCCUCUGAGCGCGCUCACGCCAAGCACUCGCGUGCAGACGCCGCCUCCCGCACCCUGGCUGCUGGCACCGUGCCGGUGCCUGAGGGUGCGAAGCAGCGCUGCGCGUGAAUGUGACAAGCAAGAACGCGGUCUGCCGGACCUUCCUCCAGGUGUCUCGGGGUGGUGCAGCGCUAGUGCUCGAUCAGCUGGCCGAAGGGGCCCUUAGGCAGAGCUCCUCUUUCUUGCAUUAUGCCCUGGAGUCGAGCAGGAGCCUUGAGUCGUUAGGACGCGGUUCUGCAGCUGUGGCUGAAAGUGCCUCAGGCUCAUGGCUAGUGAACUUAGUUGUCUCUGACGGAUAAACAACUUUUAAACUUUAGCUGCAGAUUUAUAGUGGCAGUUCAAUGUAAUCUUCUGGAUUUUUUUCUGAACAUUCUCAAAUACUAGAACAAAGGAAGUCGGAUCUCUUUUUCUCGAGAUUCUCUUUUCAAGACGUUGCUUUAUUUCUUCAAGAGUUCAAUGCCCCCGAUAUAUUCAUGGGAGUUUUUGCCAAGUCAAAGUGUCCUCGCCUUACUGAAAUCUGUGUGGGAAUACUGGGAAACAUGGCUUGUUUCCAAGACAUAUGCAUGUCCAUUAGCAAAGAUGAGAAUCUUGGCCAAGUGUUAUUGCAACGUUUGUGUGAUUCAGACUCUCCAACUCUUCUGGAAACAAGCAGGUUGCUGUUAACUUGCCUCUCCCAACCUGAGGUGGCCAAUGUCUGGGUUGAGAGAAUCCGAGAAAGCCCUUCUGUCUAUGACUGUGUUUGCUUUAUCAUGUCAAGCUCUACAAAUGUUGAACUGCUGGUAAAAGUAGGUGAAGUGGUGGACAAACUGUUUGAUCUAGAUGAAGAACUAAUGUUACACUGGAUUAAAAAUGGCACUUGUCAGUCUGUGGGACCAUCUGUAGAUGAUUCCCCUGAAGAACUUCCAGAUUUUAAGAUUGUGCCUUGUAUCCUUGAAGCAGCCAAACAAGUCCGCUCUGAUAAUCCAGAAGGACUUGAUGUCUAUAUGCAUAUCUUGCAGCUCCUAACCACGGUGGAUGAAGGCAUUCAGGCUAUUGUGCAGGCUCCUGACGGAGGAAAAGAAACUUGGAGUUUGCUUUAUGAUCUAGUUUGCCAUGAACUGUGCCAGCCAGAUGAUCCAGCGAUCAUUGUUCAGGAGCAGAAAACUGUAUUGGCCUCUAUUUUGUCUGUGUUGUCUGCUAUGUUUGCUUCACAGACAGAACAAGAAUACAUCAAAAUGAGGAAAAAUAUGCCUCUGAUUGGGAGCUUGAUUCGUAUCUUACAAUACAUGGAGGGCUGUGGGAAGAACUCUGUGGAUGACUCGAAGAAAUCCAAAGCAGAUGAAACUGGAAAUGCAGACCUACAUGAGGAAGAUUUCCAUUUGAAAAUUUUGAAGGAUAUCUGCUGUGAAUUACUGUCUAAUAUGCUUCAAGAGCUGACCAAGGAAAAUAUAUUAGAAGGACUAAACCAGGGACAUUUAAAUGAACAGACAUGUUCCUGUGCAUUUCAGAACCUCUUGCCUCUGUAUUUCACAUCAGUGGAGAGCUUCCUUGAAGUAUUGCGUGAAGCUGAUCGGACGCUUGCUGACAAUCUAGAAAAACGUUUUCCAAGCCUGAAGGUCCACACCUAAGAAUGUACACGGAAUAUUUUCCAUCUUUGGAAUGAAGAUUUUUGACUGUUUCUUUACACUGUUUUAGAAGUCAGAUUUUCAGUAAGUGCGGAAGAAUAAGGCCUUACCAACAGACGGCUUUUAAGAAAUGUUCCAGGUAGCCCAGAUUAAUGUAGGGUUAAUCUGGUCUGCAUGGGGUAGGAAAUGAUUGUAAGUUUAGUUUAGCCUCUUCCAUCUUGUUUGCUGUGGUGAUGAGAGACUGCUGAUUUGUAGUUGCUCUUCUGCCAAGUAGCAUUCUUUGCAUAACUCUUGGUCCUGUGCGUUUCGACUUAGGUUGGAACAGCGAGAUGAAUGAAAUGCACUGAGUAUAGUGUUUUAAUGUGAUACUGGCCUUUUCCAAGCUUCUGUUGGCAGAAGGAGGAUUGAUCGACGGGAAAUCUCAGAUGUCCUCUGGUUAACAGGUCAUCAUCAGCUUCAAGCCCUGGUUUUAAAAAAAGACUUAAAUUGCACAGGGAAGAGACUUGUUUUCUUUUAGGUCCUAUCUGUAUUUUGAGCAGAUAUUGUAAGAGAAAUGUGUUAUCCUGCUCCUUUAAGAUCUUUUCACUUUUUGUUUUAAAGCCUCUUCUGCACUGCAGCUCUGAGUCAUAAGAAUCUAGGGCUUGUGCAGUUGAAAUGGGUGUGAGAAUAUCGUUAUGGACAUGGCAGGUACAUGCAGUGGAGCUAACAUUCAUUUCUGUGUCUAAAAAGAUGCUGCAACCAUACAGCAACUCCAGCUGUUUUUUUAAAAUUAGUGUAGAAAACAGUAGGUCUUUACUAUGUUUGAGAUGUUAAAGAAAAUAGGAUCCAGAGCAUAGAGAAUAAUUUAAUAACAUACACACACUUUCUCCUGCUAUCCAGGAUUUUAUGGGCUUUAAAUAUUGUGCUGGGCCAUGUUUUGUUUGCCCUGAGUUACAUGUACAUGUGGUAAGAUACGGUAUCCAUGUAUGUAUAUAGCCUUUUCAUCCAAACUUUUAGUUUUGAAUUUAAUCUCCCCUUUGGGCUGCCAGGGACCUCUUAGUUGUUGACAGAGGAUUUAGAAUUAGGAAUAUCUGUGUCAUUAAAAAGAAUUGCAAUGGUUUCUAUCAAUUUUUGUAUGCUACGUUUAUUGGAGAAAACUGGUAAUAGGAUGACAGCAUUUUCAUACUACUUUGACAGUUUUUGGAUAUUUUCUUAAACCUACAGGUUUGUAAUAAAGUUUCUUUAAAAAAA